AAAUGUCUUGAAUUCUCAAAAUUAAAUGCAAUGUAUUCCCUAAAAGAUUUGUUUAUCACUAAUCUAAAGAUAAGUCUGAUGAUGUAUACAAGGUACAAUUCAACCUGUGCAGAACCGUUGUUUGGAUCUAAUAACUCACUUAAUGCCCGUUUCGACUUGUCAAAAAAAACGGUCUGGAUUAUUCAUGGAUUCAGACCACUGGGAUCCGCCCCAGUUUGGCUUCCCAUGUUUACUGAGGCAGUUUUGAAACAGGAAGAUGUGAAUCUCAUUGUUGUAGACUGGAACCAUGGUGCUGCAACUUUCCUUUACAGAAGAGCUGUUAAAAACACCAGGAAGGUGGCUGAGAGUUUGAGUGUGUCCAUUCAAAAUCUUUUGAACCAUGGAGCAUCUCUUGACAAUUUUCAUCUCGUAGGUAUGAGCUUAGGGGCUCAUAUUAGUGGUUUUGUAGGAAAACUAUUUCAUGGUCAACUUGGAAGAAUCACAGGUCUUGACCCAGCUGGACCAAAUUUUUCUAGAAAACCAGCAGAUAGCAGGUUAGAUUACACUGAUGCAAAGUUUGUGGAUGUCAUCCAUACUGAUUCCAACGGUUUAGGCAUUGUAGAGCCAUUGGGACAUAUAGAUUUUUACCCAAACGGAGGAAAACAACAGCCAGGUUGUCCUACAAACCUUUUUUCAGGAGUUAAUUACAUAAAAUGUGACCAUCAGAGAGCAGUUUACUUGUUCCUUGCAUCUUUUGAAUCAAACUGCAGUUUUGUCUCAUUUCCUUGUCCCUCCUACGAAGAUUACAAGAAUGGUUUAUGUGUUGACUGUGGGAACCUUCCCAAAGACUCCUGUCCUAGGCUUGGUAACCAAGCUAAACCUUGGUGGAGAGAAGGUUUGAAGGAAAAAAAGGAAGGAUGGCCUUUCAGGACCAUUGCAUUUUUGGAUACUAGCAGCAAAAAUCCAUUCUGUGCCUAUUAUUUUUCUCUCAGUAUAGUUUCUUAUAACAAAACUGUGAAGGAUGGCUCAAUUUCAUUUAGUGUAUUAAGCCAGCAUGACCAAUUUUCAUAUCCGAGGCUUUAUGAGAAGAGCAAACCAUUUGAUAAUCUUAAAGAAUUCAAGAUCCUUGCUCUGUUCAAAAGAGAUAUUGUGAACAUUUCAUGCAUUUAUAUCAUAUACAUGCCGUCCUCAGAUUCUUACUGUUCCACAUGCCAAUACAAAUUCCAGAGUCUCAUGUUAAAGUCACUUACCAAUCCAGAAAGACCACCAGCUUGUAAGUAUGAUUUUGUACUUACGGAAAGGAAAAUAACAGAACUUCGACCAGAUACAUGUAAGGUGUGA